GUUCUAUGUUUUUUCCUGCGCUGUCAUAUAUCGGCUUGUUUUGUUCACGGAAAAUUCCAUUUCCCCGCUGAUAAAGUGCUAAAAAGGAUUCUUUGGACAAAUAUACCUUGGUAUUGUAAUUCUCAUGGCUGACACCGACUUCUCGAAGAUGAAGGUGGCUGAUCUCAAAAGGGAACUUAAAAAUCGUGGAUUGAGCACCGGCGGAAACAAGACUGAGCUUCAGGAAAGACUGCAAAUGGCUCUCUUGGAUUCUGACCCUGUUCUCGAGGACACAGCUAUUUCAGAGGAGUUGGAUGAUGAUGAGGUUUUGAAUGAUGAAGAGUUGGAGAACGCCAAGGAUUUGCUGGAAGAAACUUCACACGAAGAUGUAAUUCUCGCCAGUCCGUCGCCUUCUGCUGAUUCUACAAGUUUGGCUAAUAAGUUUCCAGAUGAGACAAAGAAAUCCAACGAGCCUCCAACUCGAAAGAUUGUUCUGAAGCGAAAGCUUAUUGUCGCCCCACUUCCAGAUGUGGCUGAUGUAAGUCCGGAAAAUUCUUUGGCUGCCUCUAAGGACACCGACGUCUUAAAUAUUGAGAAAUCCACCGAUCACCCACUGUCUGUACUCGGUGAGAGUGACAAAAAGGUGAUAAAGCUGUCUGACAUGUCAGCCCAGGAACGUCUGGAGUUGCGUAUGAAGAAGUUCGGCGCCCCUGUGACAUCGGACGUGAAGAAGAUGGCAAGAGCUGAGCGUUUUGGUACAUCAAGCUCUGCAAGCAGUUCCAAUGGUUCUGGUGCAUCCAUUGACGUGCUGAAGAAGAGGGCAGAGCGUUUUGGUGGAUCAGUCUCAACCACAAUGACAAAAAUGGAGAAUGAAGAGAAGCUAAAGAAGCGCCAGGAGCGAUUUGGUGCGUCUACAGUGGCAGGAAAGAUCAGUGUGAACUCUACUGCAAAGUCUGAGUAUGAAACUAAGGCUCAGCAACGUCUGGAGCGCUUCAAGACGACAGUGAAGUAA